CUAUUUCACUUUCUAAACGCCUGGCUUCUUUUCCAAGUGCUUCCCAACCAUUUUCUAAGGUUGAAGACGACAUUCAACAAUCUUUGUUAUAACACAUUGUUGAAUUGGCUGCUUUUGUGUGUGUGUGUGUGUGUUGAGAUUGCGGACUCUUCCCAUGGCUAUGUUAUUGAAAAGUGCUACUCUAGUGAGUAGAGUAACCUCUCGUUCUUCGGCUCCCAAGGGGUUGGCACAACUUCAUAGUGCAACUCCCACUUUGUUUAAAGUACAAGAUGCCGAUUUCAUGCACUCAGAUCGUUUGUACAAGUUUGCAGUGAAACCUCCUAAAAAGUGGAAGCUGCAACUCUUCUUAUUUACUUUUGUCACAACAGCUCUAGGCACACCAGCUUUUGUAGUUUGGUUUAGUAACAAGAAGGCAGGAAUUUGGUAGAAGAGUUGCUUGAAAAGUUUUUAUAAAAUAUCCGAUUGUGUC